GGAUAAUUGGAGGGUGCAAAAGUGCGAAUUACCUUUUGAAUUUUCCAUAAAAAAAAAAAAAAAGAAUUCCCUUUUGAAUCGGAGAAUAGUUAUUUAAAUAUCCUAUCAACCUUUCAACCUAAUUCUUCUUUGAAAACCCCAUCGGUGCUCUACAAAUCCUAUUAAACUCCUAACCUAAUUCAGGUAGAAUUAGAAUCGGAUCGCAAUUUUGCUUCCUCGCUAUUUCAGAACCAGCACAAUUCAGUUCCAUCUAAUUUGUGCUUGUCCUUUGUAGAAAGAAUUGAUUUUUUUUUUUCUUUUUAUAUAUAUAUAUAUCUCUUCCUGUUGAACAAAUUUUAAUCUGUUUGGUUAUUCAAAGAAGUUUUUCAUAAGCCGAUCGAUCAAAAAGCUGGUAAAACUUUUGCCCAAAUCAAUUCACCCAAACUUGUUGAUGAGAUGGAGGUGAAGAAGCACAAGGCGGAUUUAGAUACACAAAACCCAAGAAAAAGACAGCGGAUACACAAGGGAACUGCGAUUGAAGAGUUGCCUGAUGAUAUCAUUGUUGCCAUACUGUCGCGUAUGAACAUCAAAGAUGCGGUUAGAACAAGUGUUCUCUCUACUAGAUGGAAAUAUUUAUGGAAGUUUAUGUCUGUCACAUUGGAAUUUCAUGAUAAGGAUAUUGCCACUAGGAAAAAGUUAGAAGCUUUCGUGAAUCGUGUCCUCGAGUUGUAUAACCGUGUUGAUAGUUUGGUUAUUCGCUUUUCUAAUACACGAAAAAAGACUGAAUCUGCUGCUAUUGAUAAAUGGAUAUAUUCCGCCAUGCUUAAGCAAGUAAAAAUAUUUGAAUUGGAUCUGUCGGCCGAUUGUGGCUUUCAUUGCAGCUAUGAGUUUCCUAGCUUUAUAAAAUUGGUAACACAAUUUCAUCGUGAGAAGUACCGUCCAAUUUUACAUAAGUUGAGGUGUAUUAGGAGCUCCCUAAGAUACCUUAGUGGUUUUCGCUCACUAAGAUCGAUCCGAUUGGUUGACGUGGAUAUACAGGAUGAGAUGGUUCACUAUUUUCUAGACUCGUGUCCUUAUAUUGAACAGUUAUGCAUAAGGGCCUCCGAUGCUACAAAAGAUCUUCGAGUUGUUGAUCCAUUGCCAAACUUGAAGGAAUUGAAAAUAUCCGACUGUUGCAAUCUCCAAAGUCUGGUGAUAUCUGCCACAAAUUUGAAGGAAUUGAAAAUAUCCGACUGUUGCAAUCUCCAAAGUCUGGUGAUAUCUGCCACAAACUUGAAGGAAUUGGAAAUAUCCGACUGUUGCAGUCUCCAAAGUCUGGUGAUAUCUGCUAUGAAUCUCGUGUCGUGUACAUACCAAGGAAGAGAAAUCAAAUUGUCAUUCAAGAAAACUCCAAACGAGCUAACUCUCGGUGGGGUGUUUUGUAAGUCCUUCAUUUAUGAACCUAACAAACACUCCACUUAUUCAGAUCAACUGGUGAAGCUUGUAUUGAAUCUUCAAACUGAGAAUGUUCAGAUGGAGAGCAUUGAGAGACCAAUUGCUCCUCCUGAUUUUCAUCAGUUUAGAGCUCUGAAACAGCUGGAACUGAACAUUGUGUCGAAAGUUGACCGAAGCCUUCUUUUUUUCACAUCGUUGAUCGAGGCAUCUCCUCACUUACACGAGUUUAAACUCAAGAUAGACUACUUGGUGUCCCGCCCAUGGUUUUUUGAUUUUGCGAUAAAAAGCAUGAUACCGUUUCCCGAAGUAACUCCGGAAGAGGCAAAGAGAUUUGAUCAUAAAAACCUGAAGAUUGUGAGAAUGGCCGGUUAUUGUGGGUGUGCAAGUGAAGAAAAUUUCCUUGUGCAUUUGCUUGAGAAUUCCCCAUCAGUGGGGACCGUUUUCAUAGAUACAGAUUGUGAUUAUUAUUCGGACCAUUGGAACAACUUUGUGGUCAUGUAUAGACUUAGAAAAGAUGGGAACUAUCCGAUGAUCAAGCCCGGGAGAGAGACAAAGCUAAAGGAUAAUGAGGUACCCGCACGGUCCGAUUCAAGAACGUACAUCGAGAAAUUUAAAACCGAUCACUACCCAUUGGGUGACAAGUUAUUCACCCAAUUUGAUGCCAGACGUCAUGCCGGGAAAUUGAGAUCCAGAUUUACGUCGCCAAUAGUUUUUUUUAUAACAUAAUUUGUGUGUGCAUGCUGCCGUAAUUUUUUUUUAUUCAUGUUUUGAAACACAAUUUUGAACCGGGAUUUGAGAAGCAUUGUCGUGCAUUAACGAUUACUUUUCCAGACUUA